UGUCUCCCCACGCCCGCCCCACAAGCACACACAGAAAUGGAGACUGUGAGCAGAAGCAAGAUCACUCUCGGUCUGGAAGUCAAUCUGAUUCUAUUUUAUGUCGGGGCCGUGGGUGCCUGUACAGUCUCCGUCUCACAACCACAAUCCCUAGAAGUGGACUCCACUCACGAGGCCAUCACCAUAGAGUGCACCUUCUCCACAGCCAACUGCCCUGAAGAGCCACCAACAAGACUGUGGUUUCGCUUUGGUGCUCACGAGUCUGAGAACCUGUGCUUGAAUGGGUGCAGAAGUGAGGCAGACAAAUACACAGUAAGGGAAUCCCUGGCACAAAACCAAGUUUCCCUCACUGUCAACAGGGUGACUUUAAAUGACAGUGCAAUUUACAUCUGUGGAAUAGCAUUUCCACAUCAAAGGACCUGGAAAGCUAAGCAAACUGGAAAAGGCACCAUGUUGGUGGUAAGAGAAAUUAAGCUCGACAAAAAGCUGCAGAAUUUCCUGAUAGCUCUCUUGUCGCUGCUCUCUAUCUACCUUAUCGGUGUGUGCGUGAUCUUCAUACUCCUCUCCAAAUCAAAAACAAACACUCUAGGAAACAAAGGAACAGAAGAAGAUUCACAAAAGAAGAAGAGUGCUCGGCGGAUUUUUCAGGACAUUGCUCAAGAAUUAUACCAUAAGAGAUACAUAGAAACAAACCAACGACCUGAGAAAGACAGCAACACUUACAAAAACAGAAGAGUAUUUCCCAACUAUGAAAGACCGUAGAAACGCUUUAAUUUUCAGUUAAGUCACUGAAAAUCCAACUCCAGAAGUUAUGGAGUCCAAUAAGGACUUUUUAAAAUCAACUAAAAGAAAAUGGAAAAGGACAACUGGCUGCAAAGAAGGAUGCUCAAAUAUAAGAAAAUUAUAACUAACAGUAAUUACCAAAAAUCCUAAUAUCCAACAAAAUGCAACUGAAAGAUAUUUUUCCUAAUUUCCUAGGAAAAUUCUAAACAGCCUAAUAUUUCAAAACUUCAAUUUUUAAAAUAUACAUCCUAUGUUUGCUUCAUUCAACACAUGAGGUGUGUGAUGACUGCUUACCCUGAAGAAAAUCUGAAAUCACAUCACGUGUCUCAAUCUUUACUGGAAAAAGUGUCUUUAUGGCCUGUGGGAGUGAUGGGACAAUUGGACUUCAGCUGGGUGGAAGGAAGGGAAGAAAGGAAGGAGGGAGAAAGUGUGGAAGGGAGGACUUAAGUGCCAAAAUUUGAGUUAGAGAAAAUCAUCUUGAAAAGUACCUGGUAAUGAAAAUUAUUUCCUUUGAUAUUGCAAUGGGGCAACAGUGUAAUGCCUAUCUUCCUGCCAGAGUAAAUAAAAUAACUUAUAUCAUACUACUAACAAA